GCGAUUUCAAAGCAACUAUCCCAAAGUCAUCAAUGAAGGUACUCCACGAUAGACCAACCCGACGUAUUAAAAGCGCAUCUGGCUCCGCCCCUCCUCAGACGCAGCUCGCCCUCGGCGGGAGUAUCUUCUCGACCUUCGGCUGUGACGGACUUACAACCAUCUUCCCCCCCGAAAACCACCUCGCUUCUGACUUGUUCCUUGGUCUGUCAUCUCAAGAAGCCAAGGUCGGAGCAUGCUCUAUUGCCUACCUGACUUCCUCCACAACUAUCGCUCCGUGUUACGAAGCCCGCUGCGGCGAAGCAGACGACCAUUCACGAUGACCGUGUCAUAUCCUUUUCAGACCGUUUUCGCCGUCCCCAUGACAUGUGACAGCUGCGUCAAGGACGUUUCAGACUCGUUGUACAAGCUGGGGGGCAUCACUAAGGUCGAGGCCAACCUCGAGGACCAAUUGCUUUCUGUCGAGGGCACAGCCGCACCAUCCUCGAUCGUUGACGCUAUCCAAGCCACGGGGAGGGACGCUAUCCUGCGAGGCUCGGGAGGAUCAAACAGCGCGGCUGUCAGCAUCCUUGAGUCCUUUUACCGUACCAAUGGUGCCCAACCUGCAUCUUCGAAGUUGGACGAAGAAUCAGACCGAGAGGUCAGGGGCCUGGCUAGAAUGGUGCAGGUUUCCCCUACCACAACGCUAAUCGACCUGACGCUACGCGGCGUGGCCCCCGGCUCCUACCGUGCGACCAUCCGUGAAUACGGUAACCUGGCUGAAGGCGCGUCAUCGACGGGCCCUGUCUGGUCGGGGGGCAGCGGAGGUGACGCCGCCAACGCCAAAGGGUUCUUGGGCGUCUUUGACAUCGGCAAGGAUGGCAGAGGCAGCGCGUACCUCGAUAAGCCCUUUCAGAUCUGGGAAGUCAUUGGCCAUGCCAUGGUUGUCUCGAGACAAGACGAGUCUGCAGGGUCAUUGAAGAAUGACCUGGACACCGUAGUCGGCGUGAUUGCCAGGAGUGCCGGCGUUUGGGAUAACGACAAGACAGUCUGCUCAUGCACCGGCAAGACAUUAUGGGAGGAGAGGAAGGAUGAAGUCAAUAAGGGUAUGCUCUAAGUCUCAUCCCGAGUACACCGUGGGAACCCCUCAGAUGAUAUACGAAAUGAACCAUGAAAUCAACCAAAGAUUCUCAAUGUGUUUUACUUGCAAGAAGCUCGGUUGAUAAAGCCGAAUAUUAGGCUCGGAGAGGAUCACCAGCGGAAGCACGUGGAGGCGGCAGCCGCUGCAAACAAC